AUGCCAUCCUGUGACAAACUAGCCACAAUUCCGCCUGAGGAGUUGGGACUGCAUGGCUCAGGUUUGAGUGUGGACAGUGAUAUGGAGGUGGGGGCCUCUUUCACAGGGGACCACACAGAGUCUGUAACUUUGUGUCUGGACCACAACGAACACACAAAGGACCUUCAGGAUCAAAGUGAUCACAGUGGAUUCCAGAGCUAUAGCAGUGCACACAGUGGAUCCCUGUGUGAUAGCAGUGCACACAGUGGAUCCCUGAGUGAUAGAAGUGAUCACAGUGGAUCCCUGAGUGAUAGAAGUGAUCACAUUUGGUCCUCCAGCGAUGAACAUGAGGAACAUGAUCGUCAGCAAUUUUCACAGUACGUCUCUUAUAAGGAGAUGAGGAGCCUCAACAAAGGUUUUCUUGAGUUCUUCAUGGCGUUUGCCUCUUUGAAAAACCAAGUUGAAAGAAGCGAGGUGUUGAUCUUCGCCAUAAUUGAGAGACUUGUGAAGAUAGAGUGGGCAAAGAGCAACAUGGACAAAUCAGCUGAAGCCACAGCGGCUGCACAAAGUGAGGGGGGUCCUGAGGAGUGUGGCUCAGGCAGUGAGGAGAAGGAGGAGGCCAGUGUCACAGAGGACCACACAGAGCCUGGGACUCUGGACCAAGUCCUGAAUCAAGUUCUGGACCACAUAAAGGACCUCCUAGACCACAGUUCGUUCUCGGGGGGUUCUGAAGAGUGUGGCUCAGGCAGUGAGGAGGAGGAGGAGGCCAGUAUCACAGAGGACCACACAGAGCCUGGGACUCUGGACCAAGUCCUGAAUCAAGUUCUGGACCACAUAAAGGACCUCCUAGACCACAGUUCGUUCUUGGGGGGUUCUGAAGAGUGUGGCUCAGGCAGUGAGGAGGAGGAGGAGGCCAGUGUCACAGAGGACCACACAGAGUCUGGGACUCUGGACCACGUCCUGAAACAAGUUCUGGACCACAUAAAGGACCUCCUAGACCACAGUUCGUUCUUGGGGGGUUCUGAAGAGUGUGGCUCAGGCAGUGAGGAGGAGGAGGAGGCCAGUGUCACAGAGGACCACACAGAGUCUGGGACUCUGGACCACGUCCUGAAACAAGUUCAGGACCACCAUUAUCUUCAUCAACUUUCACAGUGCUUAAAAAUAGGUUUACAGCUACAGAAGUUCAUUAAGGAGUUUGGCUUGUAUACAAAUCAAGACGAUAGAAGCCAGAAUCCCGUCUUCAACAAACUGAUGGAAGACUUAAAGAGCAACAUGGAAUUGCUGCUCAGUGACAAACCCGUUGUUGACACAGAGCCUUCACUAAGUGAGGAGGGCCCUGAAGACAGUGAGGAGGAGGCCAGUGUCACAGAGAACCAGACAAGGACAGGGACUCUGGACCACAUCAUGCACCUCCCUUGGUCCCUUUGUGACGUUCAACAACUUUUAAAGCCCAUACAAGGUGCACUGAAGUUAGGGCUGAUUGAGUUAUAUGAGAACUUUGGCCAAUUUAUAAGACAAGGCGAUAUAAACCAGUAUCCAGUCUUCUACAAGCUGGAGGGACUGAUGGAACUUUUAAAGAUCAGCAUGGAUAUGCUGCCUUCUGACAGCGCAGCUGAAGACACAGUGCCUCCACAAUGUGACGAGGGUCCUGAGUUUACUAUGAGCAGUGAGGAGGAGGAGGAGGAGGAGGAGCCCAGUGUCACAUGGGAGCCCACAGAGGCUGUUCUGGGGGACAUGGAGGACACUGAGGACCUUCUGGACGUCCCAUACUUACUGGAGCUGUACCUGUGA